UGUUUGAACACUGGGUUUUUCUUUGCAUAUGACAGCCUUGUCACCGUCGUAGUGUUUUGUAUUCUUGUAGAGAUUCCCUUUUUUCAUGGUUUCUUCUUCUUCUGCUGCUAAUACUGUAAGGGCGAAUUGUUUUCCUCCUCCGUUUCGGUCCCUGAUACCUGUGCAAAUAUAGAAGGCGAUCGCUUAUCUGACAUGGGUGAGAAUGGCUUGGAUGGCGAUGCGACUGGGCAUGGCAAGGCAACCGCAUCAGAGAAUCAGGCAGAAACCAGCACAAAAGAGGAAAACAGAGAGAUGGCCAAGCAAAAAGGAAAGGCCGACACAGUUCCAUUUCACAGGCUGUUCUCAUUUGCGGAUUCUACUGAUACUCUGUUAAUGAUCGUUGGCACCAUUGGGGCCAUUGGAAAUGGUAUGGGUUUGCCUUUCAUGACGUUACUGAUGGGCCAAAUGAUCAAUGUUUUCGGAAGUAACCAGCAAAGCACAGACACUGUUGCACAAGUUGCCAAGGUUUCUUUGAAAUUUGUGUACUUGGCAAUUGGAAGUGGUGUGGCAGCAUGUCUUCAGGUGUCUUGCUGGAUGGUCACGGGGGAAAGACAGGCUGCGAGAAUAAGGGGAUUGUAUCUGAAAACCAUACUAAGACAAGACGUUACUUUCUUCGAUAAGGAAACAAACACCGGAGAGGUGGUAGGGAGAAUGUCGGGUGAUACUGUUCUCAUACAGGAUGCCAUGGGAGAGAAGGUUGGGAAAUUUCUGCAGUUAGUUUCAACAUUCAUUGGCGGCUUCGUGGUCGCAUUUGUUAAAGGAUGGCUUCUUGCACUCGUCAUGAUGGCCAUUCUUCCAUUGCUAGUGGUGGCCGGGGCAUCCAUGGCCUUCAUCAUAGGAAGGAUGGCUUCCCGUGGUCAAACAGCUUAUGCAAAAGCAGCAAAUGUCGUCGAACAAACUCUGGGCUCUAUUAGAACUGUUGCAUCCUUCACAGGCGAAAAGCAAGCAGUGGCUAGGUACAGCAAAUUUCUUGUGGAUGCUUACAAAUCAGGAGUCCACGAAGGUUUUGUAGCCGGCCUGGGUUUCGGCACGGUUAUGUUUGUCUUUUUCUGUGGUUAUGGUUUGGCUGUAUGGUUCGGCGCAAAGAUGAUAUUGGAAAGAGGAUACAACGGCGGUACGGUGAUCAAUGUGAUUGUCGCUAUAUUAACCGCUUCCAUGUCUCUUGGGCAGGCCACCCCUUGCUUGAGUGCUUUUGCUGCUGGUCAAGCCGCAGCUUAUAAAAUGUUCGAGACAAUAAAGAGAAAGCCAGCGAUAGACGCCUAUGAUCCAAGCGGUAAAACAUUCGAGGAUAUUAAUGGCGACAUAGAGUUGAAGGAUGUUUACUUUAGUUAUCCGACAAGACCCGAGGAGCUAAUAUUCAAUGGAUUCUCUCUUCAUAUACCAAGUGGCACCACUUCUGCCCUGGUUGGAGAGAGUGGAAGUGGGAAGUCGACAGUUAUCAGCUUAAUAGAAAGAUUCUAUGAUCCGCAGGCAGGUGAAGUUCUUAUUGAUGGCAUCAACUUGAAAGAACUUCAGCUGAGAUGGAUUAGACGUAAAAUCGGCCUCGUCAGCCAGGAGCCCGUCUUGUUUGCAUCUAGCAUUAAGGAUAACAUCUUAUAUGGAAAGGAGGGGGCAACGAUUGAAGAAGUAAGAGCUGCAGCUGAACUUGCAAAUGCUGCUAAGUUCAUUGACAAAUUGCCACAGGGAUACGACACAAUGGUUGGUGAGCAUGGAACUCAACUAUCUGGUGGACAGAAACAGCGUAUUGCUAUUGCCAGAGCAAUUAUAAAAGAUCCAAGAAUACUUCUUCUAGAUGAAGCGACGAGUGCUCUAGACGCAGAAUCUGAAAGGAUAGUUCAAGAGGCUCUAGAUAGGGUCAUGGUCAACCGCACUACUGUUAUUGUGGCUCAUCGACUGAGCACAGUAAGGAAUGCCGAUAUGAUUGCUGUGAUUCAUAGAGGAAAGAUGGUUGAAAAAGGAACGCAUUCAGAGUUGCUCAGGGAUCCCGAGGGAGCUUACUCUCAGCUUAUACGCUUGCAAGAAGUAAACAGAGAGUCAGAGGAACCUUCAGAGCGUCAAAAUAAAGGCGAAAUUUCCAUGGAAUCGUUCAGACAAUCGAGCCAAAGGAGGUCACUUCGGAGAUCCAUCAGUCGAGGAUCAUCUAUCGGCAAUAGUAGCAGGCACUCAUUUUCAGUACCAUUUGGGAUGCCCACUGUAGUUAACGUCCCCGAACCUGAACUUGAAAAAUUAGACGCGAAAAAAGAAUUGCCAGCUGUUCCAAUCCGUCGCCUUGCUUCCCUCAACAAGCCCGAAAUUCCAGUGCUUCUGCUUGGAUGUGUGGUUGCCAUAAUAAAUGGCGCAAUUCUUCCGGUGUUUGGUCUGUUGAUUUCCUCUGUUAUUAAAACAUUCUACGAGCCACCUCAUGAGAUGAAAAAAGAUUCCAAGUUUUGGGCACUUAUUUUUUUGGCCCUUGGCAUUGCUUCUCUGCUCGCAAUUCCAUCCCGAGGAUACUUGUUUUCUGUAGCUGGCUCUAAGUUAAUCCAACGCAUCAGACUGAUGUGUUUUGAGAGGGUUGUGAACAUGGAGGUCGGUUGGUUUGAUGAGCCAGAGCACUCAAGUGGAGUAAUAGGUGCAAGGCUUUCGGCUGAUGCUUCGACCGUGAGAGCCCUUGUCGGUGAUGCGCUAGGUCUUCUGAUUCAAAAUAUAGCAUCAACGUUGACCGGUUUAAUUAUUGCUUUCGUUGCGAGCUGGGAGUUAGCUUUGGUUAUUCUGGUACUUAUUCCCCUGAUUGGGGUGAAUGGAUAUGUCCAAAUGAAAUUCAUGAAGGGUUUUAGUGCAGAUGCAAAGAUGAUGUACGAAGACGCAAGCCAAGUAGCUAAUGAUGCUGUUGGAAGCAUCAGAACAGUAGCUUCUUUCUGCGCCGAAGAAAAGGUAAUGGAACUGUAUAGGAGGAAAUGCGAAGGCCCCAUGAAAUCUGGGAUACGGCUAGGCCUGAUCAGUGGAACAGGAUUUGGGUGUUCGUAUUUCUUACUUUUUAGCGUCUACGCAUCAAGUUUCUAUGCCGGAGCUAGACUUGUGGAUGCUGGCAGAACUACAUUCUCUGACGUUUUUCGGGUUUUCUUUGCUCUGACAAUGGCGGCAAUGGCGGUUUCCCAGUCGAGCUCGAUGGCUCCAGAUUCUAGCAAAGCCAAGUCAGCCACUUCUUCCAUAUUUGAACUAAUUGACAGGAAGUCCAAAGUAGACUCCAGCGACGAGUCUGGCGCCACAUUGGAUAUCGUGAAGGGGGAAAUUGAGCUUCGUCACGUGAGCUUCAAAUAUCCGUCUAGGCCAGAUGUACAAAUUUUCCGAGACCUCAGUUUGGCUAUUCAUUCGGGCAAGACAGUGGCCCUUGUUGGUGAGAGUGGAAGCGGGAAGUCGACAGUGAUCGCAUUGCUGCAAAGAUUUUAUGACCCAGACUCAGGCGAGAUCACGCUUGAUGGAAUAGAACUCCGAACGUUUCAGAUCAAGUGGUUAAGACAGCAGAUGGGGCUGGUGAGCCAGGAGCCAGUGUUAUUCAAUGACACCAUCCGUGCCAAUAUUGCUUACGGAAAAGGAGGCGAUGCAACGGAAGCGGAAAUCAUAGCCGCUGCGGAACUAGCCAACGCUCAUAAGUUCAUUAGUGGCUUGCACCAUGGUUAUGACGCGGUGGUGGGGGAGAGAGGACUGCAGUUAUCAGGGGGCCAGAAACAAAGGGUGGCCAUAGCACGUGCCAUAAUAAAGAGUCCAAAGAUAUUACUGCUAGAUGAGGCCACGAGUGCGUUGGAUGCAGAGUCGGAGCGAGUAGUUCAGGAUGCAUUAGACAGAGUAAUGGUGAACAGGACUACGGUGGUCGUGGCACAUCGGCUAUCCACCAUAAAGAAUGCGGAUGUGAUUGCGGUGGUCAAGAACGGAGUGAUAGUGGAGAAAGGAAAGCAUGAGACGUUGAUUAACAUUAAAGACGGCUUCUAUGCCUCCCUAGUCCAGCUUCAUACCAGUGCUUCCACUGUAUGACCUUCGCUUCCAUUCUAUGAUUUUAUUUUCCUUCUUUUGCUGAAAAUCAAUACAAGCACAAAUAAGCUAUCCUUUCUCUCAAGUAGCAAGCCUGUUCGGUGGCCCGCGAGGGGAAAAACAAAGUCUGCUUUUGUUUUUAGAAAUACAGCAGUUGCUUCGAGGGCACGUGGAGGCACGGUGUGACGUUUAAGGUUUAAGCACCGCCUGCGGCUUCUGCUUUUAUUAUACUAGAAAAUUUACAUAUAUACAUGAGAUUGAUAUAUAGUGUCCUAAAAGUUCCCUUUUUUUAGUUUUAUAUUUUAAUUCUGAAUUGUGUUUAAAAU